UUAUAUCAGCCAUUCGAAAUACUAGUUGGUCGCGCGCGAGCCUCGAAGCAGCCUUAUUCUGUGUCGAAACGCUAUUUAAAUAUUAAAUAUUGUUAAUUAAUUAACUCGUUUAACUAAAAAACGUGUACGGAUUGCAAUAAAACAAGGACCAGGGGAGAAGAAAGGAUCCUUAUUUUAUCAGAUUUGAUAGAGAUUUCAAGAUAUGGCUGAAAAAAAACCGUAUUACAUAAGCCCGUUGACAAAAGAAGAUGGAGAAGCUGUCAUGGCUCUUGUGAAACGAACCUUCUACAUCGACGAACCUCUAAACUCAGCAGUGGGGAUGUGCUUGGACUCGGAGCCAUGUCCGGAGCUCGACUCCUAUUGCACCAGCUCUCUGUACGAGGGGUUCUCCUUCAAAGCCACUGAUGAUGACGGGAAUGUGGUCGGAGCUAUGAUCAAUGGAGUAUGUCCUUUGAAAGAGGAAGACGAUGGCAACGAUCUCUUGAGCCAAGCACAGCGCUGUACAAAUCCGAAGUUCCAGAAGAUUCUCUACAUUCUAGCUAGAAGAGAGACUGGAGCUAAGCUGUGGGAGAAGUUCCCGGCGGAUCAAAAGGUCGUAGAAGUAAAAGUAGCAGCUACCGAUCCGAAUUGGAGACGAAGGGGGAUCAUGAACGCAUUGUUAGAGGAAACUGAAAAAGCCAUAAAGGAGCAAGGUAUCAGGCUAAUCCGUCUAGACACUUCGAGUGCGUACUCCGCGAUGUCUGCAGAACAUUACGGAUAUACUUGCUACUACAGAGCGCUCUACAAAGACAUCAAGAUGGACGGACAGCCACUAGUGGUGCCUGCUCCUCCACAUCUAGAGGACAGGGUGUACGUCAAAGAGUUAUACCCCUUAGAAUAAACACAAUACUCUACAUUGA